UACACUUUACAUUUGUUAAAUUAUUGUUUUAUAAUUUACACAAAUAAAAAUACCAUGAAUUUUCACACCUUAUGCCUAAUCAUAUCCCUGUCCGUCACUUACAGUGUAGCCAAAGUGCACUAUAAGGUGGCGGCGGUUGAAAAAAUGCAGAGUGACCUAGGUGAGGGACCACAUUGGGAUGAGAAACAGCACGUGCUUUGGCAUACGGAUAUCAACGAGUUUAAAGUGUGCCGCUUGAACGUGACCAGUCAGGACAGUGAGUGUCAUAAAUUAACUGAUAUUGCUACUUUUGUUCACCCGUAUCCCAACGGCGAGGACUUGUUGGUGUCUCAGCGUAAUAAACUGGUCAAGCUCAAUUGGAAAACUAAGAAAGUCACCGUACUAGAUGAAGUUGCGCCCGAACUAAAAGGCCAGGAGAGAUUUAACGAGGGUCAACCCGACAAGUCUGGCCGUAUGUGGUUGGCAACAGUGACCGACAGUCUAACUCCCGGCGAUCACUCGGUACUGCCCGGCAAAGGCAACCUCUGGACGUGGGAAUCGGGCAAAGGGUUCACCAAAAGGACCGACAAUUUCUAUCUCACAAAUGGCAUCACUUGGAGUCACGACCAGAAAAAGUUGUUUAUCAAUGACUCGCGCGCCCGAAAGAUCUAUGUGUUUGACUUUGAUCUCGAUAAGGGAACAGUUGCAAACAAAACAAUCCUGAUCGAUGCCGAGACCCGCACCGAUUGGACAGUAAACGACAGGCCGGACGGCCUAACCAUCGAUAUUACUGGCCAUCUAUGGGCUUCCUGUAUAGGCAACGGUCGAGUGGUGAAGAUCGAGCCCAACUCCGGUGAUAUAGUGGACACCUGUGCCAUCCCGUGCCCACUGACCACUACACCGGUGUUUGGCGGACCAAACAUGGAUCAGAUGUUUAUCACUACUGCUUAUAAAAACUUUGGUCCCGAUCAGAGACCAGCACACCCUACUUGUGGUAAAGUGCACAGAAUCACCUCAGACGAUAAAAAUUUUGCCGGUAGUGUUGCCAAUAGACCUAAUCUGUAGAUUAAGAACAUAGUGAUGGG